GAUCCUGAUCAAAAAAUUUACAAUUUAGUCUCUCCAUCUCUUUUUUUUUUUAUUAUAUGACUAACAGGUUGCGCCAAAAUAUCCAUUGUUUAGGGACCAAAAUUAGCCACAGGUUCCAAAUAUAUCUUGUUCUGGAGUUGUUAGUUGUGACAGCUAGUCAAUUUGUGGCUCUGCUAGAGACCACGGGAAACCCUGAUCUUAUUAACUUCAUAAAUGGUGGUGAUUUUGCAGUAUCUUCUAUCGUUGAGCUUGUUGGGCUCAUAAUUUGCCUUCAUUCAGCUGCAAAGAUUUCAUAUAGAUCUCUAAGUCUUGCAGCAAUUUCAAGCAGAUGUCAUGCUUUAGUUACAUGCAACCCCAAUGAUGUUUCUCAAAGGGGAAUUUCAAGUAAUGGUGGGAACUUGGAGGCUGCUAUUCCAGCAGGUUCAUUGCCCAUCAACUACUCAGAAAGUGAUCUGGAGUCGAUCGAUUAUUUCCCAGUACCUACAAUUUACACGUAA